UCUCAAAGACAGAUCCUGAAAGAAACUGAAAUGAAUUCAUCGCUGUGGACUGCAGAAGAAAAGGCAAGAGAUAACAAGCACUUGUUUUCAAAACAACCAAAGGUCUCGACUGACAACAGCAAGAGCCAGACGCUCCUACCAGUUACAGUAGCACUGCUGUUGGAGCACGCGGGCGAGAUGACACGAGUGAUGCUUUUCGUUUCAAAGAUGUGAGUAUAAAAGUGGUUCAAUUGGAAACUGUGUUAAAUGUCCAUUCGUGUUUUUAACAGUGACAGAAUAAGCCUUGAGACAAUUCAUUUGUUCGACAAUGAGCCUCAGUCAGGAUUUUAGGGUCCUUAUUAGCACAAAAAAAAUGCCCCGCUUACAUUUGAUGAUCAACAUUAAUACUUAAUCUUUCCAGCACUUUGUCCGGUUUGCCCAUGAAGUAACGGGGACAGUACCUUUGCCCAUAGCGAGAGGGAGAGAGGAAAAAUAAAGCGAGGGAGGUACCUACCUUUUACUUGUGGGAGGCGGAACGACCAUCGGAUGCGAGUGGAGAAAGAAAAAAAAAAGCGGAGAAAGUGGAGGUACACACACACACGGGAGCGCCUCCCCCGCCCCCCAAACAACAGCGCGUCGCCCUUCGCUCGGAGGCUAUCUGGAGCUCCAAAUUAAACGGCGCCUCCUCCGCACUGACCUCCGCCGAGGGACGCGCCGCGCUCUCCGGCCAGCGGUCAUGGCCACGACGCUGGAGGGCUGUCGUUGUCGGCGUGCGAGCCUCCACAGCAAGAGCAGCGGCGGUAGCGGCGGCAGCAUCCUUUACAGCAUUCUUAAGAGUGACAGAGAGGAGCAACAACAGCAACAUGAAACGAUACAGAACUUACUCCACAGCCACAGGAACUCGCCGUCUUCUUCGUCCGCCUCGUCUGUAGCCUCCGGGCCGGCGUGGCGACAUCAGGAGCCCCGGCAGCAGCAGCAGCAGCAGCAGCAGCAGCAGGCGGCGCGCUCCUGCGGGGCAACGCGGCGUCGCGGUGUCCUCAGCUCCCCGCAGGUGACAUGCAAAGCGGCCUCCGCCAUCCUGGUCAAGACGCUGCGAUUCGUCAAGAACGUGCCGUGCUUCAGGGAACUGCCCGAGGAAGAACAGGUGGUCUUGAUCCGAAGCGGCUGGGCUCCCCUGCUGGUGCUGGGAUUGGCGCAGGACCGCGUGGACUUCGAGACCACGGAGACGGUGGAGCCGAGCAUGCUGCAGCGGAUCCUCACCGGGGCGCCCCAGAGUCACAGCGAGGCGGCGGCGGCGGCGGCGGCGGCGGUGACGGUGGCGCUUCCGAGUCGAGGCGGGGGAGCCGGCGUGUCGUUGGCCGACAUCGAGGCCAUUAGAGGCUUCCUGAGGAAGUGCUGGAGUGUGGACAUCAGCACCAAGGAGUACGCCUAUCUGAAGGGAGCCGUGCUCUUCAACCCGGAUCUGGAGGGUCUCCGCUGCCUGCCGUACAUCCAGUCGCUGCGGCGCGAGGCUCAUCAAGCCCUUAACGAGCACGUCCGACUGAUCCACCGCGAGGAUGCCACGCGCUUCGCCAAGCUGCUCAUCGCCCUGUCCAUGUUGAGGUCCAUCAGCCCAUCGGUGGUGGCCCAGCUCUUCUUCAAGCCCAUCAUUGGCAGCGUCAACAUUGAGGAGGUGCUCAUGGAGAUGUUCUACGGGAAGUAACACAACACUCCAAGGCCUCCAGUAUACGUUACCAUCCGGUUACCAGACAGACUGUAAAGUCCUUAUUGGACAAGUGAAAAGCGUCUACAAAAAAAAAAAAAAAAGGAAUGCGUGUGUGUGAAUGUUUUAUGUUACGUUAAAGCAAGCCACUGUAAUUCAUAGCUUAACUUAUUUGUUUUAUAAACUAUUUUUCUAAAAUAAACUCCCUCGAGUGUU